AUGGCAACCGCUUGUUCUGCUAUCAUCUUCUUCGUUUGCACUAUGCCGUGCACAUAUCUGGCAAUUCGCGAACAGUCUACUUAUCUCCAGUCAGCAGACUGGAUGAUUGGGAUUGCUUGUAUUGUUCCACCAUCAGCGUUUGGGAUAGCUAUGAAAGUCCUCAUAUCCGCGGAGUUGUCAGGUGUGGGUACCAACUGGUCCACACUUUUCCACGUUUUUGGACAUAAAGAUAGUGCGUUCAGCGUAGGAUUUCUCAUGGUAAUCUUAGCGUUUGAGACUGUACUGUAUUUCAUAGUUGCACUCUAUAUCGCAAAAGUUUGGCCUGGUGAGCAUGGAAUUCCAUCCAGUUGGUACUUCCCAGUAGAAACUAUCAUCGAAAAGCCUUCAAGCGAAUCUUUGCGCGAAUUGGAUUCACAAAGUUCUGGCUCCUCGGUAGUUCUCGACGAAAGUCCCGAGGGGGCAGAAAACACUGUACGCCUGUGUGAAGUUUCAAAGAAAUAUAUCACGCACGGAGCGCGGGAUUUCGCCGUUAACAACCUGACAAUGAAUUUCUACAAGGGGGAGAUUACGGCACUGUUAGGUGAGAAUGGAGCAGGAAAAUCAACCCUCAUCAGAAUGAUUAGCGGACAUAUGGCUCCCACAAAAGGAAGGAUUAUUGUCGACGGCAGAGACAUAUCUGGGUAUGAGCGUGUGCGCGUCGGCAUUUGCCCCCAACACAAUGUGCUAUUUCCGUAUUUAACCGUGAAAGAACACUUGGAAUUCUAUGCUGCGCUCAAAAACCCAUCUCUAUCGAAG